UAUAUAUGUACUGCGGUUCUGAUAUCCAGACAUCCUGCAGCGUGCCACUGCUGGGGGCAAGGGGGUGUUGUCCCUUUAAGGUGGUAGUCGAGAGGCAGCUCUGUUUGUUGGCGUGUGAUUGACAGCCGAGACGUCGCCUCCUUCCGCAGUUCCUCGGCUUCCAUCUCUCUCUCUCUUUCUAUUAAGCGCUCAAUAACUUUAAAGAAGGGAUGCAGGCUCUGGCGGUCUAAAAUGGCUCUCCACCGAUGGAUUUACCCUUUGCUCCACUUCAUCCUCACCAGCAAUGCCGCCCGGAAUUACCCAGCUAACGAGGUUACAUUAUUGGACUCGAUGUCGGCUCCUGGAGACUUGGGCUGGGUGGCAUAUCCUCCUGAGGGGUGGGAAGAAAUCAGUGUUAUGGAUGAGCGAAACACGCCGAUGCGAACGUACCAGGUGUGUAACGUCAUGGAAGCCUAUCAGAACAAUUGGCUGCGGACUAAUUGGAUUCCUCGUGAUGGUGCCCAUCGGAUCUAUAUUGAGAUUAAGUUUACUCUCAGAGACUGCAAUAGCCUGCCGGGUGUCCCUGGAACUUGCAAAGAGACCUUUAACAUCUAUUACUAUGAAUCUAACAACAACAACCUGUGGUACAUUAAAGAAAGCCAGUAUAUAAAGAUUGAUACCAUUGCUGCAGAUGAGAGCUUCACCCAAGUGGAUGUAGGUGACAGGGUGAUGAAAUUAAACACUGAGGUGCGGGACAUUGGCUCACUGACAAAGAAAGGUUUUUACCUUGCCUUUCAGGAUGUGGGUGCCUGUAUUGCUUUGGUAUCAGUGCGGGUCUAUUACAAGAAGUGUCCAUUAACAAUUCGUAACCUGGCUGAAUUUCCAGACAGAGUAACUGAAGGAGACUCCUCUUUGGUGGAGGUCCGUGGCUCCUGUGUGAAUAAUUCUGAGGAAUAUGAUGUGCCUAAAAUGCACUGUAGUGCUGAUGGGGGGUGGCUGGUCCCUAUUGGACGAUGUGUUUGCAAACCAGGAUACGAAGAGAAGAAAGACACCUGCCAACCAUGCCGACCUGGUUUCUACAAGGCUUCCUCCAUGGAUGCAUACUGCAUGAAAUGUCCACCUCAUAGCUACUCGCAUCAAGAGAGCUCAUCACAAUGUAUCUGUGAAAAGAGUUACUACAGAGCAGAGACAGACCCACGAGCAAUGCCGUGUACAAAGCCUCCCUCUCCACCAGAAAACCCCAUAUCCACAACAAAUGAGACUUCACUCGUCUUAGAAUGGAACCCGCCUAGAGACAGCGGUGGCAGAAAUGACAUCACGUACAACGUACACUGCAGAAAGUGUGUGGGAGACAACAGGAAGUGCAGCACAUGUGGGAGCAGCCUCCAUUUCAUCCCCCGUCAAUUUGGAUUAAUAUAUACUAAAGUUCUUGUUACGGAUCUGCUGCCUCACACUAAUUAUACCUUCGACCUUGAGGCUGUGAAUGGGGUGUCUGAAUUGAGCCCCGGCCCAAAGCAGUAUAUCUCUGUCAACAUCAUGACCAGCCAGGCUGUAAACGUGAUUGUGAAGGAGAGGAGAAGCAAGGAUAGCAUUACCCUUGCUUGGCAAGGUCCAGACCGUGCCAAUGGUGUCAUUGUGGAGUAUGAGAUUAUCUACUAUGAGAAGAAUCAAAGGGACCAAAACUACACUGUUUUAAAGACUAAAUCUAACAGCAUGACAGUUGAUGGACUAAAACCAGGGACAACAUACGUGUUCCGGGUCAGAGCCCACACCAGCGGAGGACAUGGGAUGUAUGGCGGUGAAAUUGAGCUGGAGACCAGUCAAGAAGAUAUGCUUGCUAUUGGUGAUCCAAACCAACCCACCAUUAUGGCUGUCUCUGUCGCUGGUGGGAUAGUCCUCCUGAUAUUCCUUGUUACUUGCUUUGUUGUUAGUGGAAGGCAUUGUGGCUACAUCAAAGCAAAGCAAGACCCAGACGAGGAAAAAAUGCAGUUCCAUCAUGGUCAAGUCAGGUUGCCUGGGAAUAGAACCUACAUUCACCCACACACCUACGAGGACCCCAAUCAAGCCGUCCGAGACUUUGCAAAGGAAAUAGAUGCAUCCUGCAUUAGGAUUGAAAGAGUUAUAGGAGGUGGUGAGUUUGGGGAGGUUUGUAGUGGACGCCUAAAGUUACCUGGGAAGAGAGAAAUCUACGUCGCCAUCAAAAGCCUGAAAGCUGGCUACUCGGAGAAACAGCGCAGAGACUUCCUGAGUGAAGCGAGCAUCAUGGGACAGUUUGACAACCCCAACAUAAUCCGCCUUGAAGGUGUGGUUACAAAAUGCAAACCUGUAAUGAUAAUAACUGAAUACAUGGAGAAUGGAUCUCUCGACUCAUUUCUGAGGAAGCAUGAUGGACAAUUCACAGUCAUUCAGCUGGUCGGAAUGCUCAGAGGAAUUGCCUCCGGGAUGAAAUAUCUUUCAGAUAUGAAUUACAUUCAUCGGGACCUUGCAGCAAGAAACAUUCUAGUCAACAGCAAUUUUGUCUGCAAGGUUUCAGAUUUUGGGUUGUCACGUGUGCUAGAGGAUGACCCAGAGGCAGCCUAUACAACUAGGGGAGGAAAGAUCCCCAUCCGAUGGACAGCCCCAGAGGCUAUUGCCUACCGCAAAUUCACUUCUGCCAGUGAUGUGUGGAGUUAUGGGAUUGUUAUGUGGGAAGUGAUGUCAUAUGGAGAAAGGCCUUACUGGGAAAUGUCCAAUCAGGAUGUGAUAAAAGCAAUAGAUGAAGGAUAUCGCUUGCCUGCACCAAUGGAUUGUCCUGCUGUGCUUCACCAGUUGAUGUUGGAUUGCUGGCAAAAAGCACGUGGAGACAGACCGAAAUUUGGCCAGAUCGUGAACAUUCUUGACAAGCUGAUACGAAAUCCUACUUGCCUAAAAACAUUAGCUAAUGAUGCAGCUUGGUCAGGCAGUAUGUUACAAGAUCCAUGUACUCCAGACACUUCCACCAUCACUACAGUAGAUGAAUGGCUUGAUGGCAUCAAAAUGGGCCAAUACAAAGAGAAUUUUUCAUCAGCUGGUUAUGCCACAUUGGAUACUGUUGUAUACAUAAACAGCAGUGACCUCUGCAGAAUUGGAGUGACAUUAGUUGGGCACCAGAAGCGGAUCCUCUGGAGCAUUCAGAACCUUUACACCAUGGCCAACCAGAUACAUGGAACACACAUUCAAGUAUAACAAAAUCGCCAGAGCAAAGCAGAGUGGUUGGACUGUUGGAGAAAAUGAAAGCUACUGAAUGUCCUGCUUUCUUCCUCUAAAUGACUGCUCUUUUAUCACUAAUGCAGACAAAUCAGCCUUCCUUCAAAACCCACACCCAGCAUUUAUACGGCAUGCCCAGCAGCAAGAUAAUUAUCAGCACAUCUCAUUCAAACUUUGCAAUGAGAAAGAAAAAGGUGUGCUGAAGAGUCAUUGUAUGAUUCAUUGCAGGGAAAAGGGUAGCUUUUUAAACGUAGACUUUGUGUUCUACAGACGAUACUUUACAAUAGCCAUCUCAUUUCUUAUAGUUUUAUUUUUUACCUAAAUCUCAGUGAUAAUUGUAAAAAAAAAGCUCAUUACUGGUACAAAGCAGUUAAACUAGUCCAGCAGCUACUGAUAUAAUAAAUUAAUAUUCCAUUGAUGUGCUAUCCCAUGCACAGAGUUGGGAGUAGGAUUCAGUUCAUUUGAAAAUAGCUUAAAUGAAUGACUGCUGGGUGACUAAAUACACGGAAUAUAUAGAAUCAGUUGCUUGUGCUCAAGUAGAUCAAAACUUGGCCAUAUUUAGGGUUUUUAUUCUAAAUUAGAAGUCACACUGAAAACAAGUUACAGAGUUAAAUGGUUAGGAAAGCCAAGGUCAAAUUAACUGAAAAUUAUUGCUUAGGAAAUUCUAAGCAUGGAUCUUCAAGGCUUAUUUAAUAUUUGAUGGGGUAUGCCCAAAUCUUUUGAAUUCAACAAUAUUAAUUUACUGAGCCAAGUAUAGGUGAUUAAAUCCUUAACCACUAAUUGUUAAAGAGGAACACCUGUCAUAUAAUAUUAUACACAAUAAGCCCACAGUGGAAUUCAAAUUAAGAUCUGAACUCAAAUUACAAAAUGGAGAUUGGAUGCUAAGUUCAACAUAUUGAAGGUGAGCCCUACUGAUGUGAACUAUAUUGGUAGAAAGUGAAUGGCUGACAAGUGAGAGCCAUGAAAUUAUACAGACAAGGGACCGAAUCUGGGAUGCAGAACCGUUGAAGAAACUAAAAGAAUAGUUAAGUAAUUGCAGAUUUCAAUUUUGAUUGUGUGUUACAAAAAAAAAAGGAUUUCUCUCAAAAAAAACAAAGCUUAUUUUUGCUGUCAAAUUAAGAGGCAAUAAUACAGAUCUGUUGAUUGGAACACUAGACAUUCAAAUUGUCAUUGAUGCUAUCAUCAUUAUGUACUAUGUAUGAAAUAUCUUAAACCCGCUGUAUCAAGCAUAACUUACUGCAUUUAUUAAUUUCUCAGACAUGGACAGUAUUUAUUGUACAACCCUACCUGCCCCUGAUGAGAGUGUGAUCAAUUACCGUCUGUGACUGAUUUAAUCCUUCUGAUGAUGGAAUUCUGCUGUUCAGCAGGAAGUUCCAGGAUUAAAGGCCCAGCAACAAAGAAGGAUAGUUCUGAAUCAGGAUGUUGUACACUUGGAAGGGGAACCUGUAGAUGUGGUGUUCCCAUGCAACUGCAGCACUUGUUCUUGGUAGUGAAGGAUAUGGGUAGGUGGAGUGUCCUGGGUAACUGCAAUCACAUUUUGUGGAUGAUGCGCAUAGUGGCUAAAUUGUGGAACUACACGCUGUAUAAUGCACAUUUAAAUAGUCCAUGUUUUGCUAUACCAUUGUGUUAUUUUUUUUCUUUCCAGUUACUACGUUCAGAGUUAGAGUUCAGCAAGUACAUAAGGAGGAGAGGUGUACGCAAUGCAGAUUAGUGCCCUGUCAAUCUCAACUCUACGUUCCCUUUGAUAUGCACAUACAAGGGGUGAUUGAUAAAUUUGUGGCCUAAUGUAGAAGGAGAUGAGUUAUACAGCUCUCAUUACAUGCACAAGCAGGUCAACUCUUUGAGUGAAAAUGCAGAAAGUUUGAAUUUAAUAACUCAUCUCCUUCUACCUUAGGCCACAAAUUUAUCAAUCACCCCUGCUGUGGACCGCUCCUGAAGGUCCAAGACAAUGACUUCUACAAAGGAAGGAUCCGUAUGCUCCACAACCACAACUAAGUGUGUAAAUGUAGGAAAAGUAAAUGUGCUAGGUUUUCUAAAAUUGACUCCUUCUGCCUUAGGUCAUGAACUUAUCCAUCACCCCUUGUAGGCUCAUGAACAAAUCAAAGGAAAUGUCAGCAGAAAUAAAUACCAAGGAGAAGAAAGUUGAAAUCAGUCACAGUGAAAUCAUUUUUAGCUAUGAUUUCAUAUGAAAUACAAAACUACAACCGUUUAUUUUUCAGUCCCGAUGAAGGGUCUCAGCCCGAAAUGCCAACUGUUCAUUUAUUUCCAAUGAUGCUGCCUGAGCUGCUGAAUUCCUCCAGCACUUUUUGUGUUUUGCUAUAUGUUUUUAACAUCAUUAGCUCUCAUUCUGCUACACACUAAGAUAGGGACAGGGCAGCAAUAAACCUUAUCUUUCUUUGGGUCUCAUUGCUGCUCAGAAUUGCCAUUAUGCAGGUUUCUGAGGAUUGAGAUAUUUUUUCUUCCCCCUCUCAGCCAACAUGAAAACAAGAUUACCUGAGUAUUGGAGGGUAGCUAAUGUUAUCCAACUUUUUAAGAAAGUAGGAAGAGAGGGAACAGGGAAUUAUAGACCAGUUAGCCUGACAUCAGUGGUGGGGAAGAUGCUGGAUAAAAGAUGAAAUAGCGGCAUAUUUGAAUAGCAGUAACAGGAUCGGUCCAAGUCAGCAUGGAUCUAUAAAGGGGAAAUCAUGCUUGACUAAUCUUCUGGAAUUUUUUGAGGAUGUAACUAUGAAAAUGGGCAUGGGAGAGCCAGUGGAUGCAGUGUACCUGGACUUCCAGAAGGCCUUUGAUAAGGUUCCACAUAGGAGAUUAGUGGGCAAAAUUAGUGCACAUGGUAUUGGGGGUAGGGUACUGACAUGAAUAGAAAAUUGGUUGGCAGACAGGAAACAAAGAGUAGGGAUUAACGGGUCCUUUUCAGAAUGGCAGGCAGUAACUAGUGGGGUUCCGCAAGUCUCGGUGCUGGGACCACAGCUAUUUACAAUAUACAUUAAUGAUUUGGAUGAAGGGAUUAAAAGUAACAUUAGCAAAUUUGCAGAAGACAUAAAGCUUGGUGGCAGUGUGAAAUAUGAAGAGGAUGUUAGGAGAAUACAGGGUGAUUUGAACUGGUUGGGUGAGUGGGCAGUUGCAUGGCAGAUGCAGUUUAAUGUGGCAAGAACAGGAAGGCAGAUUACUAUCUGAAUGGUGUCAAGUUAGGAAAAGGGGAAGUACAAUGAGAUCUAAGUGUUCUUGUAUAUCAGUCACUGAAAGUAAGCAUGCAGGUACAGCAGGCAGUGAAGAAAGCUAAUGGCAUGUUGGCCUUCAUAACAAGGGGAGUUGAGUUUAGGAGCAAAGAGGUCCUUCUGCAGUUGUACAGGGCCCUGGUAAGGCCACACCUGGAGUAUUGUGUUCAGUUUUGGUCUCCAAAUUUGAGGAAGGACAUUCUUGCUAUUGAGGGAGUGCAGCGUAGAUUCACGAGGUUAGUUCCCAGAAUGGCGGGACUGUCAUAUGUGGAAAGAUUGGAGCGACUGGGCCUAUAUACGCUGGAAUUUAGAAGGAUGAGAGGGGAUCUGGUUGAAACAUACAAGAUUAUUAAGGGAUUGGACAUGCUAGAGGCAGGAAACAUAUUCCUGAUGUUGGAGGAGUCCAGAACCAGAGGCCACAGUUUAAGAAUAAGGGGUAGGCCAUUUAGAACAGAGUUGAGGAAAAACUUUUUCGCCCAGAGAGUUGUCGAUCUAUGGAAUGCUCUGCCCCAGAAGGCAGUGGAGGCCAAUUCUCUGGAUGCUUUCAAGAAAGAAUUAGAUAGAGCUUUUAAAGAUAGCGGAGUCAAGAGAUAUGGGGAGAAGGCAGGAACGGGGUACUGAUUGUGGAUGAUCAGCCAUGAUCACAUUGAAUGACGGUGCUGGCUCGAAGGGCCAAAUGGCCUGCGCCUGCACCUAUUGUCUAUUGUCAGAUUUCUUUCUGUACCUACUACAAUCUGAGAAGGAGAAGUAUAAUAAAGGGGAGUUAAGAAGGGAAUCAUUGGAGAGUUAAGGAGGAAUCUGGAACUGUUGAACAUGAAGGAUUGUCCUGUAGAAGGCAAUUUUGUCCAAUUUGUGACCAUUAAGAACAUUUUUUUAUAUCUUUCCUGCCCCUUAGUCAACUAUACUUGCUACAAUCUUCUAAGGCUCAUACACGUAGAUUCCAAACAAAAUUCCAUCAACAAAUAUUAAGUUGAUGCUAGGACCUAGAGUAUAUUAACUGAGGCAAUUAUAUUUUUCACUUUAGUAUAAUUUAAGUUAAAUGUUACCAACACUUUUUUAAACAAGCAGUCACAAAUCAAAGUUUGAAGUUAAAAAAAACCUGCAGAUGUUGGGAGUCACACUAUAAUGGAAAAUACUGGAAAAGUUUAGUAGGUCAGCCAGCAUCUGUGGGUAGAGAAACAGUCAAUGCUUCAGAUCUGUGACCCUUCAUCAGAACCCACAAAGGUGACAGACCAGAAAUAUUGGCUCCAUCUCUCUCCAGAAAUGCUGCCUGGCUUGCUAAGUUUUCUCAUAUUUUCUGAUUUUGUUACAAAUAAAAAGUUGAAUGAUUAUUUUCUGAUCAUUUGUUAAUCUUUAUAGAGCAGGGAUUCCCAAUCUUUUUUUAUGCCAUGGAUGCCUACCAUCAAACUAGGCGUCCAUGGACCCCUGGUAGUGAACCCCUGCUAUAGAUUCAUUUUGAUGGAUUAUGGUCAGAAAGGACAAAGAUUCUUCUGUGAAUCUUUGUUCAAAAUAAGAUGUACUUCUAACUGUUAGCAAUGGAGACUACACAGGAAAUCAUUCCCCAUGUAAACAUUAUGAAGUUAGGUGGAAUAAAUUGCCUUAAUGACAUCAUUUCCAAAAGAUGUAUUGAAUUGGUAUUAUGAAGCUCAGCUGUUUCUUAUGUAAAAUCCAUAAAAUUAAGCUCAUUGCUCAGAACCAAAAUUGCAUAUGUUUGGGGAAGGGAGCUAAACAGUGGGUUUACAAACUUUUUUUACUGGAAAUAUUUGUGGACUGUCAGUGGGAAAGAUUCUGGUGAUUCUGGAGCAAUUGUUGAAAGACAUCUUUUGAAUUACUUUGAAUAUUACAAGGUGGGCACUCUUUGUAUUAAGCACCAGUUAGAAAUGUGGCUGCAUUAAGUAUCAUCCAUCCCACAAAUGUUAAUUGUACCAAUGAAGUGAUGAAAAUUGUGCAAGUAGUUAUGUCUGUUUUUAGGCCACCAACGGCUAAGAGUAUUACAAGGCCAUGAGUCCCAAAUUUACCGCAGGAACCUAUUGGAAUGCUUGUAUAAUUACAAUUUUUUCAGCAGUUCUAAAACCAAGAUGUCACAAUAUCAUGUUAUAUCCACUCCUCUUACCCAAGUGUGACUUUGAGUUGCUACAUACCCACAUUACUGCAUUAGAAUGAAGCUGAAACAGUUUUACGUCAAGUUGGUCAAUCUGUGUAGUGUACACAAUCAACAAAGAAAUAAACAGUAAGGAUAAAUGGGUGGGGAGAUCUGAAAAGGAUAGGACAAGACUGAGAAAUGUAGCAAAUAAGGAGAAAAUGAGAUGGUUGAAUAAGAGAUGCUGAUUGCACCAUGUUCAACUGACUUUUACAAAUUCAAUAUUUUAAUUCAUUUGAAGACAAAGUGAAUAGUAAUAGCUUCUUCAAGGUAAUUUUCUUUCAGGUUUCAAACAUUACGUGUCAAUUUACUCUCUCUACGAAGAACAGAGGAGUUUUUAAAAUACAGAGCUCCGCCAUUUUGUAUCUGCAUCAUGGCAAUAGCAGAACAGGAAACAAAUAUUGUACCAUAUUGUAUAAAAUGUACAGCGUAACUGACUUAAGUAUAGAAUGUUUAUAAUUGUGAAUUUUUAAAAUUACUAAAAGCUGGACCAGUUCCAUCAGUAUGUGUAGAAUAACUGAACAAAAUGGCUUCCAUUUGGAAAAGUCUGCAUAUUUGAGAAGAAAGUAACAUUUGCGAUAAACGAAGGGUAACAACUCUCCUUUGUGAUACAUUUUUAUUGAAAGCACUUAGGACUGUGCUAAUCAAACAAUUGUAUUUGGAGGCUGAACACAACUGGGUAACAUGACAUUGAAUCAGUUGUAUUGAAUAUAAACCAGAGGUGUUCUCAAGUUCACUUAUUACCUGAAAUUAUACAUUAAAGACUGCUUCAUGACUUCAUGCUCAGUCCUGAAGAAGGGUCUCGGCCCAAAAUGUUGACUGUUUAUUCAUUUGCAUAGAUGCUGGCUUGACCUGCUGAGUUCCUUCAUCUGUGUGUGUUGCUUCAUGACUUAUAAGUAUUUUAGAAUGUUUGGUCACGUAGGACACCAGACAAGUCCUGCAAAAAUAAAACAAAUACAAAUGUGCAUAGGAUAACAGUGGUACUAAAAUUAUUUUCUCUUCCUCUGUCCUCAUCCCCAAUACUUAGCAAGUUAUUGCAAUAUGAAAAUUAGAUAAAUUGAGCUAGGAAGCAACACAAGUAAAGUGAUGGUCACUAAGGGGUAUGGGAAGAUUAUCUGGAAUUCUCACUCUGGACACUAGUUUUACUGUAGCACCUUGCAAAGUCAGUUCUUCUGGCAUUAUUUCUGUAGGCCACACGUGUCAUGGAACUGAAGGUUAGCAAGUAUUCAUGAAUUUGCCUAGAGUUAUUAAGGGGUUUUUCUCAUAAGAAAUAGAAGCAAUUGGUAUUUCAACCUUUUGCCUCCACCCAUGUCAGUUUAGUAACGAAUUUUUGUAAUCGAGCAACUUCCUAAUAAAGGGUCGGAACAUUCUGAGCAAUGAGAGCAUUUACUUUGAAACCAUUUGAUGACUGUCUCAAUGCUUUUUAUUGUUACCUGUUGUUCUUGUCGUCAGCCCAGUCUGUUGGCACAGCUCUAAAGACUGAUGAACCUGGUCUCAGAUGAGUGUGUGAGAUACGAAACUGUGGCCUUUUUGCAAUGUAUGUAUUAAUUUAUGCUUCUUAAUUUGUGAAUUUUAUUCUCAGUUUGCUGUAUUUAGUGGCCAUUGUUCCUCCAUAUUGCUCCAAGGAGCUUGCUGGUGAUGCAUCAGCUUGGUUUUCAUUUUUAUGUCGCUGUAAUAAAUAUGCAAAUAUUUUUGAUUUUUUUUCCA